AUGAUAGUGCAACGGUUAUCGUUCAGGCACAUAUCCAUCUAUAAAAUGGUGCCGUUCAAGAUAACCCAACGGUACAAAAGUCAUCACAAGUUGAAAGAGUUUGACAGCAACGUUAAUCUGAAUAACAGGCCAAAAGCAACCUUAACUCAUUCAUUGAUAAAUUUCACUCUGAAAAGGAUUGACAAUUUGAUUUUUCCAAAGCUUGAAGAUGAUGCAGACUCCAGUAUCCAACUUGCAUCGAAGAGGUCGACUUCUAAUCGCAUUAAGAGCAUAAUGAAAAACAAUUCUCUACAACAAGAGCUUUUUCACUUGAAUGACAUUAAUUAUGUCAAUUAUCUAUCCAAAAUUAAUACCUACAGAGCUCUCCCUAAAGAGCUCAAGCACAAGUUUCAGACUACUCUCGAUCCUCACUAUCAGCUCCAACUUCUUUUAGAUUUUAAUGAAAAGGAGAAUCCAAACAGUUUUAUUAAGCUGGAUCUAUUACUUCAUUGUUACUUGAAGAUUGCAAACAAUAUUGACGACGCCAUGUUAUACAAACUCAUCUGUAAACUGCUUGACAUGGAAUGGUAUCAUAAUAGCACACUGAUCAUAAGGGCCUCUGGCUUGAAUAUCAACUCAAUUUUUGAGUUAUUUGGCAAAAUAUUUCAAUACUGUGAAAACGAUUUGAAUAAUCGGUUCUUGUACUACCAGUUAUUGAGUAAGUACCUAGAAUAUUCUUCUAGCUCUAUGAUAAGACAGAUUCUGCAAGAAAUUUCGUUGGAGACUGAACUUGUAGACGUUUUCCAGUUGAACAACAAUUUGCAAUCAAUUACAACAUUGGAUGAAUUAAUGGAACUUGAGGAUUGUGUGGUGCAUCCUUUCAAUACUUUAGAAUUGCUAAAAAAGAGGAUGCAAUUUGAGGAGGUUAGUCAUGGCGAUCUGACAGAAAAGUUAACAUCAUCGGGCUUGAUGAACCAUCCGGGAGUCAUAUCUCAGCUAGUUCCCAAACUUUAUGACAAUAUCAACCAUUUGACCACACUCUUAGAUAAUGCCACCAUCGGAAAGCAAGAUUGGUGGUAUCUGAUCCAUACUAGUUCAAGCACCAAGACCGUCCAACACUUGAUGAAGAUUCUUAAAAAUCGGCACAAAGACUUAAUGAAUAACCGCACCAUUACGGAACAUAUGACUGAUAAGCUACUAAAACUUUCAGGCACCGUGCUUUUGAGGCAUUACAUGAAAUAUGUGUUUAACGACUUAUCUGCGGCUACCCAAUCCAGGGUUUUGGUUUACUGUUUGAAGCAUCCAUUUUGCAAUGAUGACACCAAAUUUUUCACUGAGACUUAUCAUAGAUGUCAGUCCGACGUUCAGUCACUGUUGAAAGUGCUCAUUGAUAGACUUUUUCCAGCAGGUAAGAUUGAUGCGAAGCAUUAUCCUCAGCUAAUUAAAGUUUUUUCUGCCCAUCCUAGACUAGAAUUUUUUCCAAGCUCUCUGGUGACUAUUAUGGUUAAAUAUCUCGGGAACAAUCCAGAAGUUAUGAACAAUACACAGCUACAGAAUGAUAUUCUUCAAUCAAUUUACUCUAUCGUUGCUAAUCAAGAAUUACAAAACAAAGUUUCCAUCAAUAGACACCUGACCAACUGCAAGGGGUUUGAUCCUGAACAACUUUUAGAAAGUUUCACAGUUAAAUUAUUCAUUCAACUUCUUACCCAAGCCACUUCAGAGCGUUCAAGUUAUAGAAUGUUUGCCUCAGCAUUAUACUCCACACAGGGACCUGCCCGAAUUUUCACCUACACGAAUAAGCUCUUUAGAUUUGUUCCCCAAGAUUUACUUUCAAAUUCUCAGGAACCUUUGAGCAUAUUCAUAGAAACUUUGACAAAAUCUACGGUCAGAGACCUAAUCUCAACAGUGCCACACAGCAAUAAGCAUUCGAAACUACAUGCUGAAAUGGAAUCAAGGAUUCUGGGCCAAUGCCUAAGACAUCUUGAAACACUGACAAUAUCUGAGCCACACUUGCGUUCACCACCACCAUCACACUCAGACGCAGGCUAUCGUAUCAAAUUAAGAUCAAUUGCAUAUUUAUUAGAACAGUCCACCAUCAGAAACAUAGAGGAUGGGGCGAUCUACCUGAAAAAGUUAAAAGACCAGGAUAUGAAAGUACCGAACCCAUUAAUAAGAGCAUUUCUAUCAGGUUUAUUGAAGAACGAGCAGCUUCCAAUGAUAAAACGGCUACGAAUGUUCCAGAAAGUUACAGACCAAGAACUUUAUUCCCAUAACAACUCCAUGCUGGGAAGGAAGACUGUAAUCACUCUGGUGGACACGCUUUUGCAGAUAGCACUUAAAGAGGAGAAAGGGAGCAUAUAUCGACUCUUAUGGGCUCUUAAGUUAGCUCAUCUGAAUAAAGUGGACAAGAAAUAUUUUGUCAAGUGGACGGAAACUCUGCGAUUGAUGAAAAAACAUCGUAGAGGUUAUUGGAGCACACAUAAUACAUCCAAAAAGCUCAACUUCAUCUAA